GGUACAGCGCGCCCUGGAGGCCAAGCGAAGACUUCGGUGGCUGAGCGCGCUCCUUUUACAUCCGUACUACAUUUCCCAGCAGGCCGCCGGAAUAAGCUGCAUCUUUUGCAUCUCACCCGACCCCCACUGGGUCAUAAUCAUCCAUCCUUCCCGAGGAUUUCUCCCGCUCUCGGAGCCUCUGGGUUGUAAGUCUCUUCUUCCCACCAGGUGCCGUUCUUCCUCGUCGGCCACUACCGGAAUCAGCCCCGUUGGAAGCUUCAUGGAGUUUCCCGAUCUAGGAGCGCACUGCACGGAACCCUCCUGCAAGCGCCUGGACUUCCUCCCCUUGAAAUGUGAUGCUUGUGAACAGCUAUUCUGCACUGACCAUAUUGCCUAUGCCCAUCAUAACUGCACUUCGGCUUACAAGAAGGACGUGCAGGUUCCUGUGUGUCCACUGUGCAGCACACCCAUCCCGGUGAAGCGAGGAGAAAUGCCUGAUAUUGUGGUAGGAGCCCACAUUGAUCAGGACUGCAAAUCAGACCCAGCUCAGCGUAAGAGAAAGAUUUUCACCAACAAGUGUCAGCGUCCUGGCUGCAAACAACGGGAAAUGAUGAAGGUCCUCUGUGACCAAUGUCAUGGCAACUUCUGCCUCAAACACCGGCACCCCCUGGACCAUGACUGCAGUGGGACUGGGCGUUCGCUCUCCAAAGCAGGGAAUGCUGCCAUAGUCAGGGCUCAAAAGUCAGCCAGAGGACCCAGAGGCACUACAUCUGGCAACGCAGCCACGAGGUCUCUUGUCAGCCAACCAGCCUCCAGCAGAGCAAGUGAGACAGUAAGAGCACCCCAGCCACAAAGCACAGCUGUACCUGUUGUUGCUCUGCAGGACAGUUUGAGUGAAGAAGAAGCAUUACAGCGAGCCUUGGAGAUGUCUCUGGCAGAGACGGCGCCCAUCCAACCACAGUGCCGCAGCACCCAGGAGGAGGAAGAUCUGGCACUGGCUCGAGCGCUUUCGGCUAGCGAGGAGGAAUAUCAACAGCAGCAGCUACGGCAACAAGUAAAGGAGAUGAGGAAUUUUUGCGAGUUCAUUGUCUUCGUAGCUAGGCAUAAUUCAUCUUGUGCAUAUCAUCUUGUGUUAUAUCCCAGGAAGGAAAGUGCUAAUCCAGUUACUGGAACGCAAACUGGAACAACUGGUCUUUCAGCCACCCUGUAGCUCUUUCUGAACAGAACCUUGGAGGUUGGGGAUUCUAUUAGUUCUUGUUAAAUGCUUUUCCUUAGUAGAUUCAGUAGAACUAAUUGUCCUGCACCAGUCUGUGCAAUAAACAAGUUUUUAAGAGGGGAAGGGAGGGGAAGGAGGGAAGAAUGUAUAUCCAUUUCUGCUGCUCUUAUCCAUCUGUAUGUUUGGGUCCUAGGCUCGAAGCACAAAGCCAUCCAAUUGCUGCCUAUCCUGAGCAUCACAAGAAUCAUUCAACCUGGAAACUAUCUCUGGCCAUUCUGGUGCUUCCUUUAUUCCUGCUGGUUUACCUCUGGGGCACUCUCAGAAGUGCUAGCAAUGAACCAAAGACUGAAUCCCUACCCAGACCUUGCAGAGUCUCUUUGGCAUGCAACUGCUGUCACUUGCACUAGGACUGGAUCUGUACCUUCUGAGACACCUGGCAGCAUUUCUCCCACUGGACAGGGCAGCAGUAAUUGUGGGAUAAUGCUCCCAAUCCCCAUCAUUUGGUAAUCAGCUUCCAGUGAUGGCUGUGCUGGGAUGUUUCAAGGAUGAGGAUCUUACUGCCUUCCUCCUGUUUUGGCCUGUAGCAGUCCCAGAUUUGGACAGUAGGUGGUGCUAAAUGCUUUCAGAGGGACUUUCCCAGCGCCUCCUGCUGGGCUGCUUCUAGCAAAAUAAGGGGGAGAUGUCUCCCUAUAGCUCCUCUUUCCAAGUUUCUAUAUCAAAUAAAUGUCUUAGCUGCUCAUGCUGCAGGAGUAGCGACAACAUUCAAAGAAUGCAAUGUAGAGUUGGGAUUCCUGAGAUUACCAUAGCAAGGAAAGGCACUACCUCUGGGGUCUGAUCCAUGUAAUCCUUUCCUUGCUGGGAACUGACAGCUGAAUCUUCUCACUUUACGUGUCUUGAAUAAGACUGUUACUGCCAGCCCCUUGCCAGAACUCUGACACUUGGCACCCUCUGAGAAAACCAGCCAAAGAUCAGCCUUGAAGAAAUGAGUAACCAACUUCCCACUUCCAGUAGAUAGCCAGCUGCUUUAGAUUGCAUGAUGCAGAGCUACCUGGCCCCAGGUGACUACCAUGCUUCAGUGAACCUGUGGGUAUUUGUGUUCCAUCUGAUGCAUGUUUGGUUGAGACCACCUUCUGCCUGGGACCACCUUCUGCCUUGGACUGUCCCUCCCUCCCAGACCUUGUCCAGCAUUCUGUGCCUUUGCUGCAUCACCUACAGGGAAGCAGGGAAGAUGAUUGGAAACUGGCAGGAACCAAUAAAUUGACAGUCAGAAAUAGCUCGUUCUUUGCUUUCAUUGGGUUAAAUUCACUGCCUUGCAACUGACUUCCGCUUUUGCAGUGGGAGUUUGACUUCUUUCUUUUUCCUUCUACGUGCCCCGAGUUCUGCUCUGAAUGUCCCUCAGCUCUCUGCAGCAAUUUGGAAGUAUUGGAGGGACCAGAGAAAAUUGAUUAAAUCCACUGGUAGUAUUCGUUCUAUACCAGUGGAUACAACAAAUGUUCUUUUGGGGUAUGUAUCUUUAGGAAUGUCGGGGGAAUAAUUAUUUUGAUUUGUUCUGAUGCUGCCUGUACUGGGAAUUGAUGAACUGCAACAUCUGUUGGGCCAAUUCCUUAUCACAUGGAAUUGAGGGCAUUAUGCUGCAUUUAAGAAACCAUUGUAGCCCAGGUACUGGGGUAGAAUGGUUUCUUAAAUGCAGCAUAAUUUCAGAAUUAUUUAAUGCAAGGCUAAUUUAAGUUAUCAAGAAAUUAACUGAUCAGGUUUCCCGAUUUGAAAUUCAUAUAGCUCCUUUAUAAGCAUGCAUACAAAUUAGGCGCUAGAAUAAAUACAGUAUUUUAGUUUGCAAGUAAAAGAGGCCUUUGUGCAACUUAAAUGCCUAUAAAGACUUUUAGUCAUGGAGUCAGCUCACCUUUUGCAAUUGCAAAAUUGAGCAAGAAUCCCAUUUCUCUGUGUGUGGAUGUGUGUAUACAUGCACAGAGAGAGAGAGAUGCUAAGCAAGAUUUCUUACUGAAAGAAGAAAGCUUCAGCUUUGUACAGACUGAUUUAGAAAGCAACUUGUAUUGUGCAAUGUGGAAUUUAUUUUUCAAUAAAUAUGCAUGGGUGUGGAUGUUAAACAA